AAAAUAUGUUGAAAACCCAAAAAAGCGUAAAUAAAAAACAAAAAUAUUGGCUAGAAAUGAAAAUUCAACGCAUUUUGGCUGCACAAAACUCGCAACAAGAACGCCAAUAAGCCGCUGCGUUACGGGCCAUCAUUAAAAACAAAAACAAGUUGCUGCAAAGCGUGAAGACACGAGCAUAAAGCUGCAGCUUCAAAUCAAGCGCGCGCCAUAAGCCGGCAGAAACCGUGAUAAGACGUCUAAGCAGUUGGAAAAAGUGAGGGGAAAAAGACCAAGUCUGCUAAGCAACAGACACGGCUGACUUAGAGGUUCCAAACUGACAAGGCAACGCCUAUAAGUGACGAAAGAAAAAUUGUUUUUUUUUUUUGUAUUUGCUACGCGUGUUCCCAAAAUCGUAGAAAAUUUAUAUUCAAACGUCAACAAACUGCUGCCGUCUAUUUUCUAAGCAUCGCUGCAUUGUUGUUUUAGUAAGUGUUGGCGUGUUACUGCUUGAGCGCUUUUUGCAUCCGCUGUUGCUGGAAAGUGUAAUGUAAUGAGAUACGACGUUCAAGAGUUGCUUCAUCAGUCUGCUGAGGAUCCAUUCGCCAGGUUCGCAAAUGGGAUGGCAUAUCAUCCAUUUCUGCAGCUCUCCCGACCCACUGACUUCAGCGUGUCGUCGCUGUUGACGGCGGGCACACAAGCACAGGCUAGCACAGCUACUGCCGCCGCCGCCGCCGCCGCAGCAGCAGCAGCAGCCGCCGCGGCAGCCGGUGAUUUGGGCGCAGGCGGCGGUAAUACCGUAUUGAGUGCGGCCACUUCACCCGCACAGCCACAUCAAGCGCAUCAGCAUCAGCACCAGCACCAACAUCAGCACCAGCACCAACAUCAGCACCAGCAACAACAACCUCCAACAACACCUACAAGCGCUGCGGUGUUAUUGCAGCACCAACAGCAAUUGCAAUUGCAACAGCAUCAUCAACAACAGCAGCAGUUGCUUUGUGGCGCUGGUCAGGCAUCGCCUGUGGGUGGUCAACAGCCUCCUUUGCUAUCGCCUGGUAGCAAUAAUAAUAAUAAUAACAAUAACAAUACCAGUAGUAGCAAUAACGGCAAUAAGUCGAGCAGUAAUAGCAGCAACAACAAUAACCGCAACACACCCACCACAAAUAACAACAACGAUCCUCAAAGUAGCAAUAAUAAUUUGUCAGCGCAAGCAACGUCUCACGCGCAACAACAGCCACUAGCUCAUCCAACGGCACAUUUGUCGUCGCCACAUUUGUCGCCGCACCAACAGCCGCCGCCGCCGCAUCCGCACGUACCGCACGCGCAACCGCCACCUCCAGUGCCCCAGCAUCCGCAUCACUCGCCGGUGACGGGCCAUCACGCGUUGGGGCCACACCUGCCACAACAGCCGUACUUUCCAGCAGCCGCGCUAGCUGCGCUCGCCGGCAGUCCGGCUGGUCCACAUCCGGGCCUAUAUCCAGCUGGUUUGCGCUUCCCGCCACAUCAUCCGCACGCUCAUCACCCAUUGGGCACACCCUACACCACCGCCGAGGACGUGGUGCUCGCAUCUGCAGUGGCGCAUCAGCUUCAUCCGGCGAUGAGACCUUUGCGCGCGCUACAACCCGAGGACGACGGCGUUGUCGACGAUCCGAAAGUGACGCUGGAGGGCAAGGAUCUGUGGGAAAAGUUUCACAAGCUGGGCACGGAGAUGGUGAUCACUAAGAGUGGGCGUACCCACCAUCAACAACAACCCCGUCGUCUGUGCGUCAGCACAAAUGACAGCCGGAAUGCGGCAAUAUGGUGGAGGGAUGAUUAUCAACAACAAUGCAUUUUAUAA